UGUUGCGAGUGAGUGGAACGUUGAGUGUAUCCAGGGGGAGUUCCCAUCUACUCUCACUGUUCACACACAAGCCGCUCAUCAUCAGCCGCCGUUCCGCCCAGUGUCGUCUCUCUCAACCCAGCGGGGUUCACUAUUGUAUAUCGUUUCUCAGCCUGAGGGCACUUCUUCCCGCGGCUCCCACGAAAAGGACAUUUGUCGCAAUCAGUCCACCAACCUGGUGCAGAGUGAUGCCGUUGGAAGGCAAUUGCCGAUUUUUGUUGCUUUACGCCACUCAAAAAGGACAAGCAAAAGCUAUUGCUGAGGAAAUUAGUGAAAAAGCAGACGGCAAAGGAUUUGUAGCUGAUCUCCAUUGUCUGAGUCAACUGGAAGAGUUUGACUUGGAGAGAGAGCGUGCUCCAGUUGUUAUAAUUACCUCCACGACUGGUACUGGGGAUCUUCCAGAUACAGCAACAAAAUUUUUCCAGGAAGUUAGUGGCAUUUUGGCACCUCAUCACUAUGCACACAUAAAAUAUGCAGUAUUAGCUCUUGGAGAUUCCACUUACUGUUAUUUUGCCAAUGCUGGGAAGAUGAUUGAUACACAGUUGCAGCAACUUGGUGCAGAACACUUCUAUACAACUGGAUAUGCAGAUGACCGUGUUGGAUUGGAAUUGGUUGUUGAUCCUUGGAUUGAUGGUCUUUGGGAUGCCUUGAAAAAUGUGUGUCAGGAGCAAAAGGAAAUGAAUGGUGAUGGAGAGAGGAUGUUAGACACAAGUGAUGGUUCAAGAACAAAUAAACCGGAUGAUGAAAAUCCUGGUGUUUCGGCAGUAAUUCAACUAUUGAGAAUAGAUACAACUGUGUCAACAGAGACUGAAGACUCAAAUACUACAUCUGAGAGUUUGGUACAGGACACAUUGGCAGCAGGGUCACAGGAGCCUGGGCCAGUGGCCGCCUGGGUACAGAGUGAGAAACAACUAUCAGAAAGUGCUUUAAAUAUCCCAACUCUGCCAAUAGAGUAUCUAAAUGUGCAAUUUCAGAAAGAUGCAGAACAGAAUUCUACGCAAGAAUGUUUCUCCCUUGCAUCAAAUGUAACUGUGUUUCAAGUACCAGUAACAAAAGCAAUUGCUCUGACUCGGGAGGAUGCAGUGAAAACGGCACUACUCUUAGAACUGGAUAUUUCAAAUACAUCAAUGACAUACGAGCCGGGUGAUUCUUUCAGCAUUAUAUGCCCUAAUAAUGGAAGCGAAGUGGAAUACUUGAUUCAAAGACUUGGCCUUGGAGACCAGAGAGACCAAAUUGUUGAUUUAUACAUUCGACCAAACAGCAAGAAAAAAGGUGCACAUCUGCCAGAUUACAUACCAAAGAAAAGUACCCUGCAGUACAUUCUGACUUGGUGUCUGGAAAUACGAGCAGUUCCUAAAAAGGCGUGCUUUCGAGCAUUAGUUGAAUACACUUCUGACCCUCGUGAGAAACGUCGAUUGCAAGAACUAAGCAGCAAACAGGGUGCAGCAGAUUACAACCGCUAUAUUAGAGACUUCAAUGUUUGCCUUCUUGAUAUUCUUAGAUCACUGCCAUCGUGCCAUCCACCAUUUAGCCUACUUAUUGAACAUUUACCAAAGCUACAAGCAAGAUCUUAUUCAGCUGCAAGCUCAUCCAGAUAUUUUCCAGGGAAACUUCAUUUUGUCUUCAACAUUGUUGAGUUUCCAUCCACACCUGUGCUGCCGAUUGCUCGGAGGGGAGUUUGCACGGGAUGGCUGGCUCAGCAGGUUACAGCUGUACUUCAAAGCUAUGACAGUGAAGCUGCAAUUGGUGAUUGUUUGUCAAAUGGGUUUACACCAACACAGGUGUCUAUUUUCAGACGGCAGAACACGUUUUUCCGUUUACCCAUUGACACUGCAGUUCCUAUCAUCAUGGUGGGGCCUGGAACUGGUAUUGCUCCCUUCAUAGGUUUCUUGCAAAACCGACAGAAACAAAGAGAAGAGAAUCCUGAUUGUACUUUUGGGGAAAUGUGGCUAUUCUAUGGCUGCCGACAACACGAUCGAGACUAUCUGUUUCGAAACGAAUUGAGACAUUUUCUAAGUAAUGGCACCUUAACCCAACUGGAAGUCUGUUUCUCCAGAGAAGCUACAGAUGAGAAACCAAAAUAUGUUCAACAUUUACUCCAGCACUUGACUCAUGUUGUCACAAAAGUUUUGUUGAGUGAAAAUGGCUGCUUGUAUGUUUGUGGAGAUGGCAAGAAUAUGGCUAAAGAUGUGACCACGACUCUGACUGAGAUUAUAUCGGAAAAGUUAGGAGUGAAUACGCUGGAAGCCAUGAGAAUUGUAGCCAGUCUUCGUGAAGAGAAUCGUUACCUGCAGGAUGUCUGGAGUUAAUGAGCCUUAAGAAGAGAAUACAAACCCAAUUGUAUGAUUCUAUUUAACCUUUUAUUUGCAAAGAACAGAGACAUUUUUAACCAAUGAUAAAUCUGGAAAGAAGUAUUGGAAAGACUUUUCUUGGGCAAAAUAUUUGAUUUUUUUUCAGCACAGUUCCAUGUUAAAUACAUUAAUGGAGGAUAAUGGUGAUGUCCAUCUUCUCGAUGAACCUUGCUUUGACAGAAGCAAAUGAUAAAUGCUUGUGAAACAUCUUUCCACACGAUCUUCUACCCAAUGCACAUACUGCUUUUAAGAGUUGCUGAAGGAGGGUGUUUUUUUUACUCUUUAAUGGAUGAGUCCAUAAAACAGUAGUUUGUCUCCCUUUCCAUAGCCCCUAGCGUCAAAUUUAACAAAAUCGAUGUAAGUGUAAUAUUUAUGCAAUUUUUAAGGUAUGCCAUUUGAAGCCUCUAUUAACGUUUAGUUAUAGGCAACACAUAAGUAUAAUUCAAAACUGCCUAGAAUUCUAAUGAGGUCUCAGACUCCAGCAGUUUCAGUACAUCUGCAGCAGGUUAUGCAAAUUUUAAUUUUAGAAAUUCUCAGGAAUAGUCAUGACCACUGUUUUUGUACAUUUACCAUUAUAUUCAUUGUGUUCUCAUUAUUCUGCACCUUUGACCUAGGCACCAAAUUGUUUUGGUCAGUCAUUUCAUUGAAAAAAACCCAGUAGGAUUACAGUUUCUCUUGCCUCAAUUUUAUCAUAGUUGCAAAAAAAAAAAAAAAAAUGCAGCACAGAAACAGAACCUUUUUGCCCACCUCAUCCAUGUCAGCUGCUAUACCUAUCCAUGCUAAUCCAACCUGCUUGCAUUAGGCUCAUAUCCCUCAAUGACUUUCCCAUCUUAAUACCUGUCAAAAUAAUAUCUACAGGUAAAUGCUGUAAUAGCAUGCACCUCCUCUGGCAGCUUGUUCUAGAAAACCACCACUCCUCCGUAUUGAAAAACAUUGUUCAGAUUUCCUUUAAGUGUCUCCCCUA